AUGCUCCAAAAACCCAGCCUUGAUGCAGGAGGAGGGGACCUCCCAGACCGUCCUGCAGGCCCAUGCCAGGGACCGGAGUCACCCCUGGGUCCCAGCUGGGGAGGGGGUCACCUUCCUAGUGAGACACUCGGUAUGUAUACCGCUCAUUGGGGGAAAGGGGCGUGUAGCUAGCGCUCCCUUUACCACCCGGCAGACACGUGCAGUCUGCGGAUCAAGCUGGCUGCGGUAAGCAGCCACGUGUGUAAGCGCCAGUCCCGGCUACUUCGCUCGAUUGUGAGCACGCACGUGAUCGGCAGGAAAACAGACACAGGACCACCAGAGGUGUACUUUGUUGUCCCGAGGCUUGGGGGGAUCGAAGGAGGUCGAAAAGGUUGGCCUCCUGAAGCCCCUGAGCGGUACAAAAACCCGUUGGAAAUCAGGAAUAGGGACAGUAGGAAAAGGUGAGGGAUAGAUAAAGGGUAUAGCCCCAUAAGGCAAGGAAAAAAUAGAAACUCCCCACGAACCAUAGCAGACUAG